AUGACACGAGUUAACUGCCUCAUUGCUGCUCUAUCACUCCACACAAUUUGGCUGCUACUUCUUACCAAACCGUGCAGUUCUUUAGAGCCAAAAACUUCUCCAUCGUUUCCUGCCAUUCUCAUAUUCGGCGAUUCUACGGUGGAUACCGGAAAUAACAACUUCAUUCCCACCAUUUUCAAGGGCAAUUACUCCCCGUAUGGCAAAAAUUUCCCGGGUCAUCUUGCUACUGGAAGGUUCAGUGAUGGAAAACUCAUUCCUGAUAUGGUAGCUUCUAGGUUAGGGAUAAAAGAACUUGUACCUCCAUUUUUGGAUCCAAAAUUGUCAAAUGAUGACAUAAAAACAGGGGUUAGUUUUGCAUCUGCCGGCACGGGAUUCGAUGAUCUAACUGCUGCUAUAUCCAAAGUCAUUCCUGUGAUGAAGCAAAUUGAUCAUUUCAAGAACUACAUUCAGAGGCUUCAAGGGCUUGUGGGUGUGGGUGAAAGUAAGAGGAUUAUUAGCAAUGCUUUGGUUGUUAUUAGUGCAGGAACCAAUGACUUGAACAUCAAUUUUUAUGACCUUCCCACUAGACAGUUGCAGUACAAUAUUAGUGGCUAUCAAGAUUUUCUUCAGAAUAGGCUAAAAAGUUUGAUCAAGGAAAUUUACCAACUUGGAUGCCGAAACAUAGUGGUUGCCGGCCUCCCACCUGUUGGUUGUCUUCCCAUUCAAGAGACCAUAGCAUUUGAGAAUCCCCUAAAGCGACAUUGUUUAGAAGAUCAAAACUCAGAUUCCAUAGCCUACAAUCAGAAGCUUUCAAAGCUGCUGACCAAUUUACAGCCACAGCUCUCAGGAAGCAAAAUUUUGUACGCAGACAUUUACACCCCCCUCAUCGACAUGCUAAACAAUCCUCAAAAUUAUGGUUUUGAGCACACGAACAAAGGUUGCUGUGGAACUGGAUUGGUGGAAGCAGGGCCUUUGUGUAAUCCAAAAAUCCCAACGUGUGAAAAUUCAUCAAAAUUUAUGUUUUGGGAUAGCAUUCAUCCGACGGAAGCAGCCUACAAAUUCAUCGCCGAGUCACUUCUCAAGAAACUUGGAGAUCCCCAGAAUUGGAACUGA